AUGCCGGAGUGUCUUAAAGAAAUAUCCACACGCCAUGACCAAGAAGGGUCAUUCCCCGUACAUAUGGAAUAUGUAACGGUGUGGAGAGAUAGUCUCGGUGUGCUAGAGAAGGAUACUAUCGAAACACAAUCAUGCGUCGACAUGUGUAAUAACGCCAAAGAGUUUAGUGCAAUGAGAGAAAAGAUACAUUCUUUGGAAACCAAGAUGAUGAACAUUGAAAACAGGCUGACAGGCUACGAAAGUUGCAUUCUGCAGCUGGAACAAAAGGAGAGAAACACGGUCAUAUUCAGUGCUGGAAUUGGGGGAGGUUCACCAUUGGGUCCCUUUAACACAGACCAAACUAUAAUCUAUGAUAGAGUGUUUGUAAACACUGGAAAUGCCUACAACGUUUUUACAGGUAUCUUCACAGCACCUGUUUCAGGUGUGUACUAUUUUACCUAUUUCUGUCAUUCUGGAGGUGUCCGUAAAACAUCGCUGCAUUUGUACAAGAACAAUGAGGUGAUACUGCACAUCCAUGAUCACCAGUCAGCUGACGCGGCUGAUAAUGGAGGAAAUGCGGUGUUCCUGCAGCUGCAGCAGGGUGAUACAGUCUAUGUGCACUUAAAGGCAAAUACACAUGUCUAUAGAUCCAGCACAGUAACAAAUUUCAGUAGAUAUUUGAGGAAAACCAGUAAUAACUCAAAGUAA